AUGCUGAAUGGCACCUCAGCUCCCGAAUUCAUCCUGCUGGGUUUCCUUGGACUCCAGAAGUUCUGGUUCCUCUUAUUCAUCACUUUCUUGACGGCCUACCUCUUCAUACUCCUUGGAAAUGUUUUGAUCAUUAUCAUCAUAAACAUGGAUGUGGACCUACAUAUCCCUAUGUACUUCUUCCUGAGCAAUUUCUCCUUCCUGGAAAUAUGCUACACCUCAGUCACUGUCCCUCGGCUUCUGGUGGACUUCCUCACUGGCUCCCGUGCCAUCUCCUUCCAGAGGUGCAUCACCCAGAUGUAUUUCUUCUUCUUCUUUGGUACCACAGAAUUCCUCCUCUUGGCUACCAUGGCUUAUGACCGGUAUUUAGCCAUCUGUCAACCACUGCGGUAUCCAGUGCUCAUGAAUGGCCGUGCUUGUAUCCGCUUGGCCUUGACUUCCUGGCUGAGCGGCUCCCUCACCCCUUUCUUGCCCACGGCCUUUAUCUCGCAGCUCCCCUUCAACAGUAGUAACCAGAUCAACCACUUCUUCUGUGACACAGGGCCAUUGAUUGAGCUUUCAACUGGAGACACCUUUAUGGCUCAGGCAAUGGUUUUUCUUGUCUCGGCAGUGAUUGUGCCUGUGUCCUUCCUUCUGACUUUGAUUUCUUAUGCCCUGAUCAUUUUUACCAUCUGGCACAUCCCGUCUGCUUCUGGAAGGUAUAAGGCCUUUUCUACAUGUUCCAGCCACCUCAUGGUGGUUACCAUCUUCUAUGGCACAGUCAUCUUCAUGUACCUCUGUCCACGUUCUGGCCGGUCUUCUGACAUGAACAAAAUGAUAUCUGUUUUCUAUGCUGUAGUCACUCCUAUGCUGAAUCCUAUCAUUUACACCCUGAGGAACAAAGAUGUGAAAAGAGCUCUGGAGAAAAUUCUCAACCAAGUAAAGGACAAGUGGUGGACACAUGGAGGGAAAGCCUUUCUCGCUAAGGAGACACAGGCCACAUGUUAGAUGAGGGCUGUUUAUUGAAGGUGCCUUCUUACUGAGGAAUUUUGCGAGGCAAAUAUUCAUUACAUGUGCUUUUUGUUGGUGUCUCAGCUACAUUCUCAGGCUCUUCUAAUAGGGUACAGCUGUCAUCUACAAAUGUUAAGCAAUAUUUUAUGAGUACAGUACAUGAUUUGUAUUGAAAGAAGUCUUCAAAGCUGUUUUCUUGUUUGGGAUUUAUUGCUGCUGCAAUGAGAGAUGAAAAAUCAGUGUAGUAAAGCCAUAUGCUUUUUUGUAUUUAUGCUAUUUAUGCACUAAACUGCAGUCUACAUACCUUGGAUAUGGAUAAGUGACAAUUAAGGAACUAGUUAUUUUGGACAGGGAUUUUGAAUAUUUGCAAUUAAUCUA